UGGAGGGGGGGAAAGGGAAGAGGCUGAGCUGCGGGCGGAGCCCAGGCGGCCGCGCAGGGACCGGCACACACCCGCUCCCGGGGCCUGCCCGAGAUUCUGCCAAUCUCCCAAGGUCGGGGCUCGAACCCUGCCGGCUCCAGUCCACACACCCCCCCUCCCCGUCUCUCCCCAGCCAUGCAAAGUGCGGGAUGAAGCUGGAAGCAGUGGUCGAGCAGCUGCAGAAGCAGCAGCAGAAGCAGCAGAGUCCCCUGCAGAUGGAUUCCCGGGAGAGGCAGCAGAGGCAGAUGAGGGAAGCCCAGCUGCUCUACACCCAGCAGCUGGCCGUGCAGCACGCUGUCCUGGCAGCCACCUCUGCCAGGCCUUCAGCUGGCUCAGCUCUUGGCCCCUUGGCCAGAGGGCCCCCUGCAGCCGGGGCUGCCCGGCCUUUUGAUCAGAGCAGCAUGAAUUCAGAGCCAGAAGAGGAAGAGGAGGAUGAGGAGGAAGAGGAGGAGGAGGAGGAGGAAGAGGAGGAGGAGGAAGAAGGGGGCUUGGAAGGCGGAGAUCUUGAUGUGACUGGGAAAGAAAGCUGCUCUGCUCUGAAGUAUUUUCAUGCUCCCAAAGUUGCCCAUCCCAACCAAAGAGUGGCCUCUACCUCAGCCCCCCUGGCAGGCACUGGGCACCAGCGGGGGCAGCAGGGCAAAGAAGAACAGGGUAAAGACACUGCCAAGCAGCCCUACUCCACUUCCCCCUCUGCACGCCAGAACUGGCGGCUGGAGGAGCAGCUCAAGCAGAACGGCAACGUGAGCUGGAGCGAGGAAGGCGACGGCUGCCGAGGAAGAGAAAUUUCACGAGACUUUGCCAAGCUUUAUGAACUGGAUAGCGACCCCGAACGGAAAGAGUUCCUGGAUGACCUCUUCAUCUUUAUGCAGAAGAGGGGAACUCCCAUCAAUCGGAUCCCCAUCAUGGCAAAACAGAUCCUGGAUCUCUACAUGCUCUACAAGCUGGUGACUGAGAAGGGGGGGCUGGUGGAAAUCAUCAACAAGAAGAUCUGGAGGGAGAUCACCAAAGGCCUUAACCUGCCCACCUCCAUCACCAGCGCCGCCUUCACCCUGCGAACCCAGUAUAUGAAGUACCUGUACGCCUACGAAUGUGAGAAGAAAUCCCUCAGCUCACCUGCUGAGCUCCAGGCUGCCAUCGAUGGCAACAGGAGGGAAGGCAGGAGGCCCAGCUACAGCUCCUCUUUGUUCAGCUACUCCCCCACCACCCCGGGGCCUCCUUCCCUCCUCUCUCCCCCCAAGAUUCGCUUCCCCAUCAUCGGCGUCGCGCCGGGCAGCGGGACCAGCAACCCCCGGGUGUCUCCAGCAGCAGCUGUCAGAAAAGGUGAUGGUGUCCCCCUGACUGUGUCUAUGCCAAGUCGUAUCGCUGUACCAGUGACCUUGGCUAGCCAGCAGGCAACGGUGGCAGCAAGAACAGCCACCCUGGAGCAGCUGAGGGAGAGGCUGGAGUCGGGAGAGCCUCCGGAGAAGAAGGUCUCCAGGAUGUCGGAGGAGGAGCAGCGCCUGGUCCAGCAGGCUCUGCAACGCAACCUCUUCAGCAUGGCAAGACAGAUCCCCAUGAAGGUCAAAAUCAAUGGCAAGGAAGACAAACCAGAGGCGGCGGCAGCAGCACUGAACUUGUCACCUAAUGGCAUUGGGAGCAUUAACAUGUCGGUGGAAAUUAAUGGCACAAUUUAUGCUGGAGUGCUCUUUGCCCAGAAGCCAGUGGUCCAUCUCAUUGCAGGCUCCAGCACCCAAAGUUCCUGCAGCAGCAGCAGCAGCAGCAGCAGCAGCUCCCACUGCUCUCCCAGCCCUACCUCAUCCCGGGGAACUCCCAGUGCAGAGCCCUCCACCAGUUGGUCUCUCUGAUGGUUGGCCCAGCCUGCUGUCUCACACUGGCCUCCAGCAGCUCUUCCUCUCUGCUCUGGGCAGGGAGGGAGCCAGGAAGGAGUCACACAGAUACCUCAUCUCAAGGAACCUGCUUUUGUGGUUGGCCAAGGGCAAGAUGAUGAUGUUGCUGAAACCUUUCCAUGCCAGCGAGUUUUUUCUUCAUCAUCUGUUUGUCCAACCUUUUCCUUUGUUCUCCCCUUUCUUUCCUCCCUUUUGCUUUUUGUUUUUCUCCUCCUCCUCCUCCUCCCAGGGUUUGCUGUGUUCCUGCUGGGGGGUGGGAGGCAGGCCUGGCGUUUUUCAAUCAGGGAUUGUCUCUAGGAGCUGCAGGUUGAGAGAUGGCUGAGAUGUCACCAAGGCAGGUGGAAAGAGCUGGGGCAGGGAAACUCCUCCAACCAGUAGCCAACAAGGACUCUUCCACAAAAAACCCUCUGUGUCUUGACAAUCCUCAGAGCAGGUGGGGUGCCCCUUGCCUUGCCCCUGGCCUCCCGUGGCUUGUGCUGCAGAAGGCCACGUGGCUGCAGAGCAGCUCAGCUUCCUUGCUUUCCUUCCACAGGCUCUGUCUUGGGCUGGUGUUUCUGUGUCCUCCCCUAGAAGCUUCUGAGCCUCAUUCUCUUUCUCCAAGGUCUCAGGAAGAGGGGAAGGACUUCCUCACCACCACGUUUUUACCCACAGAAACUCUCCAUCAGCUGCAUCCUCCUGCUGGCUGGUGCUGGCCUUUUCCCUACAGUUCCCUUCAACCUUUCAGCCAAGUUUUAGAUCCCACUGACCUUGUCUCUCUCUCUCUCCCCUCGAGAACUCAUUCCCUGAGGUUUAGCCUGAACUGGCUUGCUGGUUUCAUGCUCUGCUCCCCUUGGCACCAAAGUGAUGUCCCUUAGGUUGAUCCAGGCUUCCUGGAGAGACUUCUCCUGAGCUGGCUUUCAAUAACCUCUGGAAGCUCUUCCCAUCUGUGUGCUGAGGAAAUAAGUGGUGAUGUUUGAAACCUGCUCCAGUGGGGCUGGGGGGGUGAGCAGUGUUGCAGUUCAUGUGGCAACAGGAUCUUUAGUGGCCAGUGGGGUCCUGGUCCUCUUCAAAUUGUCCCCAAGCAAAAAGAAAAUGUUUCCCUCUCUGGUGUUGCUCUCCUGGGUGGGAGCAGAGAAAAGGAAAUUAAGCCCUUCCUCACCCUUCACCCUCAAACCUCCAGUUGAAAGCAAACCAAGGUUGGCCAAGGCUCUCCUGUGACUCAGCCUUUGUGACUCGCAGGAGCUCAGCUCCUGCUCAGGUGGCCUCAUCCUGUCCUCUGUCCUCCCCCUGGCUUUCCCCAGCCCAGAGCUCAGGUCUAAAGCACCAUUCAUCCUGCCCUGGUGACAUCCUGCCCAUCCUUCAGGCCCAAGUCAGGUUUUUUUGAAGCAGAUGAAAUACUCAGAUAUGUACUUGUUGUUGGGUUUUAUUUGUUUGUUUGGGUUGGUUUAUUUUUAACCUUUCAGGAAGUAUUGGCAUAUCUUAUGGCUUGUUUUUUAUAUGUGGUUUUACUGACAUUGCGUUUGGGGGUUUUAUUUUUAAUUGUAUCACCAAAGACAAAAAAAAAAAAGACAAAAAAAAAGACAAAAAAAAAAAAAAAAAAGCUGAGUGAAGGAGGAGUGGCUUCCCUGUCCUCAGCCCAGCAGGAGACAAGCAGAACAGCUUUGUUCUGCUUGUGCCUGACACGGGAGGACAGGUAGAGAUAGGAAAAGAGCAGAGGAGUGGCUGCUGGCUUAGCAGAUGUGUCCUUGUUGCUGGGUGUCUCCCAGAUCACUGUCAUUUUUCCAAGCUUGCCUUUAGCAGAGCUGCUCAGUGCAGCUGGGAGAUGCUGCAGGCUCCAGGGACAGGGGUGGUUCUGGCCCCGUCCCUCAGGUGAGCAGAGCUGUGGGGAACAUUUCUCUCUGCAGGAUGCUGUGCUCAGCCUGCCCUGCUCAGCCAUUCCCAGAAUCCAGGUUUUCCUGGGCUGCUGCUCUGCAGAGCUCCUGUUAAGGCUGGUGUAACCCACGAGUUACACAGGAGGAAGAAGCUCCUGCGUGCCUCUCUGGUUUAGCUUCUCACUAUGGCUUGAGUUAUCCUGGAGGUGUCAGGGCUGGCUGGGUGGGGAUGCUCAUGUCCCUGGGUAACUGCUGCUCCCAGAGGUGUCCUCUCUCUCCCUGUUUUUAGCUGGAGUCAGGACCACCCAGCAGGUAGGGGCAAGCCAUCCAGCAGCCCUCCAUGGCAUUUCAUCCUUCCAGGCCCAGAGAGGAUUUUCCAGACUCUUGAGGCUCGAUUCAGAUUGGCUUUUCCCUUUUUGUUUGGUUGGUUGGUUUAUUUCGGUUUUGUUUUGUUGGUUUUUUAUUUUAUUUGGGGGUGGGUUUGGGGGCUGUUUCCUGUGAGUGGGACUGAGGGACUUUCUUGCUUUUCUUUAUGCUUUCUUCUCUGGUCCUGGGGAGCAGAGGUUAGUAAUGGGUGGGUUUUGCUUAUGUUAUCACAUGCUAACAUUGUGUUUCCUUGCACAGAAAGGCACUCGAAUCACUGAACUGCUAAACAGCUUUGACACUACUACAGAGUAUUAAUGUUUAUAAGCUUUACACAACUAGACUGGAAACAGACAGGGAGUAACCGAUUGUUUUGUAUCCAAUUCAGGGAAAAAGAAUCAAGUCGGGAUGCGUUACAGAUACCUCAGUAAAAACUAAGCUGCAACAAUAAACUGGUCCUUUCCCAGUGGGUGCUGGCGAGGACCAGCCCUUCCAGACUGUGAACAGCAGCAACCUGUGAACCCCCAGCCUGGCUUUGACUCUGGCCCUCGGCUCAACCCGAGUUGUGCUGAGCUCCAGGUCUCCUGCUGAGCUCGCUGGGUUUUGGGGACAGACAGGGCUGUGGAAAGCAGCAGCAGGGAGAGGGCAGAGGGGCUGGGGAAGGGCAGGAGGGGUGGUGGGAUCCCUCCUCCUCCUCCUCCCCCCAGCUCCACCUCGUUUCACUCGAUUGUGUCGUACUCAGGGGUUUUGAUGCUGCGGGUAGGACUGUUCCUUGUGGGAAGUGCUCUGCUUGGCAGGGUGGAAAAUUCUCUCUCAAACUCCAGCGAAGGUUUUGCAGUGAGCAGCCAAAAAAAAAAAAAAAAAAAAUUAAAAAAAAAAAAUCCAAAGCCACCCCCCACCCCUCCUUCCCAUCCCCUGGCUUGCUUCCCAGCAGCCUCACUGCUUCUGCUCCAGGGGGGAGAUUUGCCAGCUGGGUUUGAUGCCCACUUCAGGAAAAAAAACAAAACAAACAAAUCAAAACCUAAAACAGAUCCAAACCUGCUCAUCCUCUUCCAGCAGAUCCCAAUUUGUGCUGGGUAGAAGGCACAAAGAUUCUGAGCUGGGAAAAGGGGGGAGAGGUUGACAGGGGGGAGGCUGCACGCUUGCUCAGCUCCCAAAGUGAAUGUGAAACGUGUCACACACCAAGUCCCUUUGGCCACUGUGCAUGUGUGUGCAUGUGCUCCAAACGGAUUGGGAUCAGAUGUUUUUACCAAACAGCUGCAGCAGCCUUGCUACUAGUUUUCUUACCUAUUUAAAAAAAAAAAAAAUUAAAAAUUAAAAAAAAAAAAAAUAAAAAACAACAAAGAAAACAAACAAACAAAAAAAAGAAAUGUGAUAGCCUAGGCGGUGGAUAAAUACCUCAAUGUCUCCUUCCAACAAGUAUCUGUAUAUGUUGUUGUUGGGUUUUUUCUAUCUUACACGUUAUCUGAAUGUUUAUAUUCCAAUAAACUUCUACCUCUUCACA